AUGUAUUUCCCAGAAGGAAGUACUAGUUCUAGUUCUUCACCCUCAAAAGUUUUUUAUUCACAACCAUUUACCAGUCAGUUAAAAGUGAAUGAAAGUUCACCACGGGGUUCGAAACAUAAUUCUCCUGUGACCAAAACUUUCACCACUUCUACUGAAGUUAUAUUGCUUUCAUCAGAUUCUGAAGAAGAAACUGAAUUGGUUAGCACUAGUAACAAAGUUGUGUCUAAUAAAUCUAAAGGCAAAGAACGAGAACAUGGUAUUGAAAGAGGUUUUGAUACAAUUUCUUCUGCUGAUACCAUUAAAUUAAACGAAAUUCGCGCUGGUAAACAACUUGGAGUUCAUAAUAAAGGUAAAGGUAAAGAACUAGAACGCAAUAAAGUAGAUAAUCCAGGUGAUGACAUGGAAAUUGAUUCUGACCUUCCGCACACUACAACAAAAUCUCCGCAGAAAUCAGAGUCUAGUUAUCUUAAGAAAAUGGUUGAAUUUUUUGAAUCAUAUAAUUACACGUUUGAUAUUUUUGAUAUUUUAAUUGAUUUAUCAAACAAAUAUCAAGCAAUUUAUCAAGAAGAUGGCGUUCAUCUACGAAAUUUCUAUAAUAAUCCCUGCGCUUUGCUUGAAUUAUUAAAUGACCUUUUGUCUACUAAGCUUAAAUCGGUGAACGAUCAUGAUGUAGAUUUUAUUAAUAUAGAAAAUAUAGCAAAGGAUAUUAAUUUAGAAAAAUUAGCAAAGGAAUAUUAUGAAAAGCUAAGAAACGCAGAAAUAAGUCGACAGGGAUUAUAUAGGGCUUCUUUUAAAAAUAAUAUAUUUCAUUCGAACGCUCAAUCCCUUAAUCAAGAGAAGCUGUUCCAUUUAAGCUCUCUGCCCCAACUACAAAAACGAAAGAGGAAAAGAAACAAAAGAAGUCAGCAAACUAACGAAAAUAUCAAGUCCUUAGAUGAACCCGAAAAAAUAGAUCUUGUCAAUGUCAUGGGUUCUGGAUUACAACCACCUCAGAAGAAAGUAAAGUCUGAUGAUGUUCAGACAACGGAUCACCAAUCCAUGAUGAAUUCAAUUUCUAAAUUGACAAAUAACCUUUCCCUUUCAUCAUUACCAAGUGGGGGUUUCAACUCUUCCACAUCAGCUCAAGGGAGUAGACAAUCAUCUGAUAAUUCAAAUAAACCAACAGUGGCUUCUACAUCAAAUGCAAGAAAACACACCAUAGAAGUUGUUACCGAUUCAAGUCCAAAACCAGAAACUAUUUCAUACGAAAUCGACCCAAGUCCUGUAAACAACGUCGAGAUGCAUAGACUUAGAUCUCGUGAAAUAAAGCAACCACUCGAGAUGCAAAAUCAUUAUAAGUUUAUGAUGGCCGAUGCCAUACAAAAAUUGGCUAUCGCAACUCUUGCUAUGAAACAUAAUCCUGAAUAUGGGCCUGGUGAAUUAGAUAGCGUUGUUAAUAAAUUUAAGAUAAAGAAAAUGGGAAAAGAUCCUAGUUUAACGACACAAUCCUACAGUAAUACGUUACUUGAUAUCUUUAAUAAUGGUGGUAUAGACACGGUUAUGGAGCGACUAGAAGAAAAUCUGUCUUCACACUUAAAAUGUCAACCAAAGGAUGAGAGAAGAAAAAGGAAGAGAUUUUCUGUUGCAAACGAUGAACAGCCGAUGAAUGAAAAGUAG